AUGUCUGGGUAUGAACUCGUCUCUCAAUUCACUGAAGAUGCGUUCGCUAAAGACGAUCGAGUGUGCGAACGUCCCGCCUGCGGCUCCAAGAUCUUGAAGGGUGACCCCUGUUUUUACGUGGCCACUGUGGACCCAGGAACACCAGGACGUUAUGUCUGUGGUCCUUGUCACAGACGAUAUCAGGGCAAGUUAGCUACAACAGUGAGACCCCGCCGUGAGUUGCCAGAUCCGCACAUCAUCCGGCAGUCUGUGAACGCUGCACAGAGAAAGUCGACGAUCAAUCCACCACCCGUUGUGGCUAUGGCUCACAUUGCACGCCCCAUGCCAGGUCCCAGUGUCAACAUUCCAUCAACGUGGCAACGCCCACAGCACCCAUUUCAGGCCCGACCCACCGGUCCAUUUCCUCAGGCUACUAUGGGCACUCCGGCCUCUGGUUAUUCUGAGCACCAUGCUAGUUAUGGAUCCGAACGCAAACGCUGGGCCAAGAUCUCGGCUAGACUCCCACUUCCUGUGCCACCAGCGCAGACCAUAUCUCUGGAGAUUUCAGCUGUGCACGAGGGCGGCACCCGACGGAAGGGUAGUCGUGGCAUCACUAUUGGAAAUAUUUGCGAGGGUAUGAAAGAUAUCGAUGCUUGUGUUGAUGCACCCGGACUUAUAGCGAUCGCUCUCGAUACCAUGCUGCCAAAGAUUGUGGCCUUUUGCUCCGGGUUUAACUGGCGUGAUGAAGAGUUUGUUGUCCGGGAUGCGAAAUGGGUAGAUCUCUCAAAGCGCCCAGCUGGAGAACCGUAUUUUCUCUCGCAGUGCUUGCAAGCAGGUCGCAAAGACUCAAAGGUAAUGAUAUUCAAGACAAAGCAAUUCGCCUUAAUGGUAGUCGCACCUCGGGCACGGUGGCUAGAAUAUGAAGACUGGGCAGAACGCCUUACAGAAGAUGGUGGUAGCAUUCGCAUAGUCCAAAGUACUGUGGUCGACGAAGACUGGGCGGAACAGCUUGUAGAGGAUGGUGAUAGCACCCGUAUAGUUCAAAGUGCUGUGGUUGACGAAGACUUAGCGGAGGAACUUAUAGAGGAUGUGGGCAGUGGCAGCCGCAUAAUGCAAAGCGCUGCGGUCAAGGAUACAGCUCGGGCCAAAUCUGUGCUGGCAACUGAGACUCGCAUGGCAGUACUGGCAGGCUAUGCUGUCAUAUUUAUGCAUAACCAUGGCUAA